AAUAUGUGAAAUUCCAGUGGCGUAACUUCCCCGAUGACUCACCACGUCCUGUCUGGAGACUUUAAAAAGCAGCAUGAUCCAGUGGCAGAUACAAACCUGCAUACUACAGGCUCAGCAGACGCACGCUCUGAUCAACACAGAAAGUCACCAUGAACUGCAAACUGGCUGCUGCUGUCUUCACUGUCCUCCUGGCUGCGCUGACCAUUACGGAGGGAAUGAGCAUGAGAGGUCUGGGAAUGGAGUUGCGGUGCCGCUGUAUCCAGACUGAGAGCCAGCGCAUCGGCAGGCUCAUCGAAAGCUUGGAGAUCUUCCCUCCCAGCCAGCACUGCAAGGACACUGAGAUCAUUGCAACCCUGAAAGGGACUGGGCAGGAGAUCUGCCUGGACCCCAACGCUCCCUGGGUCAAAAAGGUCAUCGAGAGGAUCCUGGCAAAAAAGCCCUGAAGCUGGGAAGAGGGUUGUGAAAAAAUGAAGUUCAUCUGAUACUCCAGUGUUUCCUGUGUGACCAAAAUUUAAAGUGUUAUUUAUUUAAAUGUCAACGUGUUAAUAUAUUGUUAAUUUAAAUGUUUUUGACUUUAUAUAUAUAAAUUAUUACAGUUGGUUAUCGUAUUUAACAAAAAGGAGGCUAGCGCAGUCGGUAAGAUUGUUGCCUGUGGCAAAGUGGUGGUAAACUCUAGACAGGGUGAGAAGAAACGCAUUAACAAGCUGAUUCAACACAAGAUACUUUGUACACAGUGUUUUACUGUGAGCCAUUGAGUACACUUUGUAGGUGAACGUGUCAUAUUGACAUUUCAUAUAAAAAUUACUGACACCAAAAGAACAUAAUUUAAAGCAUUAUUGUCAUUGUUUUGUAAAUGUUUUUUUUUUGGCAGAAAUUUGUCUAAUUCUUAUUAUUUUUCUUAUAUAUUUAUUUACAUUUUAUGUACUGUGAUAUUUCUGAAAGUUCGUGAUUAAAUGUUUUUUCUGGUA